GGCCCUGAUUACAAUAAUAUUUUAACUUCAACACCCCAUACCGAAGGACCAUUCGUGUUGGUUGUUCCAGAUGAAAUUCUCAAGUCUUCAACAUCCAAUAAUCCUACAAAAAGUAUUAAAAGUGGCAAGCCAAAAAAAAAUUGGGGUAGAUCAUUAAUGCCCAUUAUUGGUAAUAAUUUAACAAGAAAUCUUGAAAAUUCUCCAACUAAACCUGAUGAUGAUUUAAACCAAAAAACUUUCACACCUAUCAGAGCACCCACACCUAUCAGAGCUUCUACACCUAUCACACUUAUGCAAAUUGAUGACGAAUAUUGUAACUUCGAAGAACAUUCUCAAACGAUACAGAGACUUAUGGUGAUCAACAAGCUUUCAGAUGAAUUUUGGAACUGCGCAUAUAAAAAGGUGUCCAAAGAACUUAUUCUGAAGAUCCUAUUUCCCUCAGAUACAGAGUACCAUAAAGCUUUAGAGAAAUACCUCGCUGAACAUGCCAGUCAUUAUAUUGAAAAUCUCGGAAGAAAUAUGUGGGUUUCCCUAUUUGAAUCAAAGUUAUUACCAGAAAUAAAAAACAAAUGCCAAAGCAAGCAAAAUGAUUUAGCAGCAAAUAUUCGAAAUACUAUAUUUUCUAACUUCGGUGAGCAAAAGUUAGAAUGUGUGGAUAGCAGUGCGUCCUCUAAAAAAGUUGCCGAAUGGAAAAAAAGCAGUGAGCUUCCUCCAGAACACUGGGUUUAUGUACUCGCCAUCUGCGAUAUUUUCUUAAAUUCCAGUAGCCCUGGGAUUAAAUGCAACGAUAAGUUAGUUUUAAAGAGAGUUGAUUUUCUUAUGGAGUUAGCGGUGAAAGAAGAUUCAGAACAAAGUUUAGAGAUUUCGUCUAUGAUCAAAGAAUCGAGCGAUGCUGAUGAUGGUAAUAGUAGUAGUUACGAAAAAUUAAAUUCAGAAAUUUGUAUUUGAAAUUCUUCAAUUUUUUUUGAAUAUAUUUUAUUAAAUAAAUUACAUAUUAAAUAAAUUACUAUAUAUAAAAUUGGUUGUAAUAAUUGUGAUGAUCAGUAAAAUUAAAUAUAUUUGAAUUAUUUCAAAUAUUUAUUUUUUAAAAAUCUUUGCAGAAUUUCGUUAUUUGUUUUUUUAUAAUCUUCACAGAAUUUCAUUAUUUAUUUUUUAAAAAUUUUCGCAGAAUUUUGUUUCUUGAAAUUUUGCACAGUUUUUGAUGAAUUUUUUUUCCAAAAACUGCCGACAGGAUCACAGAUCUGCGCAAAAAUGUCACCUGC